AUGCCAGCAUCGUCAGCAGUGCUGGGGAGGGCACAGGCAGUCUUACCAGUGACGUCAGCUGUGCCGUUGAGGUCAGAGGCAGUGUUAUCAGUGACGUCAGCUGUGCUGGGGAGGUUGGAAACAUUGUUGUCAGGUGCAUCAACAGUGGCAGGGGUGGUAGAGGCUGUUUUGUCAGCAGCAUCACAGCCCACCAACUCUGUGUUCUUCAUUACUGAUGGUUCCACCUCCACCUCAACUGUCUUUACCAUAAUAGAGCGCCUACAGAUACCAGGAGGCUUUGGAGUAUUCACAACAACACUGAACAGCUCGGACUUGGAAAUCUAUCUCUCACGGGUGAUUCCUGCUGUCAAGCUGUUGCGGCAGCGGUCAUCAUACCCGACAGUUGUUGUGAUAAGCGACGACCUCGCCUUCCUCGCCACCUUCGUCAAGUGGUCCCUCAAGGGCCGCCUCCUGGUGUGGUCGACGAGGCUCCUGGUCGUCACCCGCCUCUCCCUCCACCACCUGCACCACCACUACACCGCCUUCUCCAAGAUGAAUGCCAUGUUGCUGAUCAUCCACGACGACGACGACAUCGCCAGCAUAAGGUGCAACGUGUAUGUUCAGUUGCCGUUCAGUCCCCGCGGGACCCAGCCAUUGUGGGUAGCCUCCUGGACGCCCCAGCGAGGCCUCGCUCUCACCUCCAGCCUCCCGCUCUUCCCAGACAAGUUCUCAAGAUUCAACACUGGGUUCAAUUUGCUGGCGGCAUCAGAGGGGAACCCUUUCCAUAAGAUGGUAGUAACAGAUGACCCUGAGGCUCCAGGGGGACAGCGGGUUCAGUUCAAGGGACCAAUGGGAGAGCUCAUGGACUUCAUCGCCACUGCCAUGAACGUUUCGUACACCAACGUGCGUCCUCCGGAUCGUUAUUGGGGCAACAGGCUUCAGAACGGCUCUUGGUCCGGCAUGGUGGGCAUGGUUAUGAGGCAGGAGGUGGAUCUUGCUGUCGGUCCCGUCAUGCUACUGGGAGAGCGAACUGGAGUGGUGGACUUCACUGUGCCAGCGAUCAUAGACUACUGGAAAAUUAUGGGCGCUCGAGGCCGGCCGGAGGUGGACCCGUGGGGCUUCCUGUUCCCUCUAGAGCCGCUGGUGUGGGCGGUCAUCCUGGGGGCGCUGCUGGUGCUGCCAGCUUCACUAUUCCUCAUGUCUUCAUGCUUCUUUCAGAAGACAAGUGGUCAACGGAACUGGUUACUGCUCACUUUCGACUACAUUCGAAUCUUAUUACAGCAAGAUAAAAAUAUCAGGGAGAAUGCAAACUGGUGGUGGGAGCGGAUGAUGUUGGCAGUGUGGGGGCUGGUGACGGUGGUGUUGACGCAGAGCUACGCCGGUAACCUCAUGGCUCUCCUGGCUGUCAGACACAUCUCUGAACCUUACCAGUCCCGACGCGACGUGCUGGACGACCCGUCUACUACCAUGAUAUGGUUAAAAGGGUCCGGACUAGAAGACUUCCUACAGUCGCAGGAGUCUGGUAUAUACUACAAAAUGAACGAGGCAAUGAAGACUGGCCACCUCAUAUGGCGGCCACGAGAGGAGUUCCCAGAAGCCAUUAACACCUUGGUUAGGCGAGGCGAUCAUGUUCUUAUAGAUGCCGGCUAUACUUUAAUUUCACAUUUUGCUCAAGACUUCACCAAAAACGGCAAGUGCUCGUUUUACUCCUCAAGAGAGGGUUUUCUGCCUUUGAUUUUAGGAAUGAUAAGUUCGAUGGACAAUCCAAUCGUCCCAGCUAUUAAUAAGAGGAUCACGGCUGCGACUGAGGCUGGUCUGUUCUUCAAGUGGCUGAUGGACUCUGAGCCAAACUCUACCAUAUGUCUUAAUGCCCCAACUAGCAUCACAGUCAGGGCAUCGCUUUCAAUAAGUAAUCUUUGGGGGAUGUUCGUCAUUCUUACUGUUGGACACGGUGCAGGGUUUUUAAUACUGUGUCUGGAGAUAAUUACGGUCAUGAUACAGAAAUAAGACAUAAGACAAUCAAGAUAAGUUACCAUCAUAGUUCCUGGAC